UCCCAUUUCUCUUCUUACAACAUUCUCUCUUCAUUCCUUUCCUCUCAUUCCUCCCGCAAUACAAUCCUACAGACUGAGCCUGCACAGAACUAGCUCCAGCUACAAUCGCCAACCACCAAGAUGGGCCUCCAAGGAGUCAAGCAGUGCGAGAAGAGGCGACAUGGCCGAGACUGGCUGCCGUCCCUGGCCCGGAACAUGACCAGUCUGAGCCGUUCUGUGCCAUCCUGCGACCCCAUUGCGAUACUACGACAGCCCGAGACUCUGCUCGUCAACUGGAUUGGCCGCAUGAUCUCGUCCCUUCAUCCGCGAACAUGGUUGCGCAUACUACGACGCCACAUACCCAAGUGGUUUGUCGCCUCAUGGAACUGGUGUGUUCAACGCGCUGGGUCGCUCUUUAAAGGCAAAUCUCAGCUGCAACAACCUUUCGGGUCGCAUCCCCGUUUUAACGUUUUACAAGUUCAAGGCCCUACCCGUCCGACCGCCACAUCCCACCGCGAUGAGGUUCAAAUCCGCCGUUCAAAACGCCCAGUACAGCCUCGCUCGCCCCGUCAGGGCACCCCAAACCACGGAGAUGGGCCUCUCUCGCCCCGGCAACACCUCGCUCGCCAGAUAGAAGCCUCGCUGCACCGAUGGGAGCACACGUACAAAUUGGGAGCCUAUGGCGCGUACAGGUGGAAGGAGCUCUUGAUCAGAGCAGCGCCUGACAUUGAGCAAGUCCGCAGAGAGGAUGCGCUGAAAGCUAGGAGGGCCAGAACCUUUCAGAAUAUCUCUUACGAGCAGGCAAGGAGCCCUGUUUACGUGGUGGAGCAGCCAAACCGCGCUUUACACACUCCUGGGACGGCCACUCGAGCUGCGGGUCCAAACCACUAUAUGAGCCCGGCAACUCAGAUUGUUUCUCCCAGCGAUGUGUCAUAUGAAAAACGACCUUCGUAUGUCGGCUCCUUGCACAAUAAACGGCCACGCCCCCCGCCUGUGCCAGCACCGCUAUCGCUACCGCAAGACAUUUCCUUCGAGCAAGUGGAGCAGGAAGUCACAGCAUGGGAGCGACUUGACAACGAAGCUCGUCGCGCUCACGCUCUGAACAUUGAAAACAUUGCGCAGAUUUCUAUUACCGACUCCAAUACCGCCUCGCAGCAAAGCACUCCCACCGUGGUAUGCUGUGGACAACAGGGCAUGCACCGUUGUUGUCAUAAGCAUCUCCGUACAGGGUCGUAUGAAGGGGUGUGCGAUCUUUGUCGCAAUUAUCUGAAGUUGUUCUCGUGUUGUUGUCUGGACUGUCCCAAGGUCCUCUGCUUUGAGUGCCGUGCCCAGGUGCGGCUUGUCAAGGGGGGUAUAUUUACUGUUCCGAGGGUUGGGCAUGGCAUGUAAGGGGCGGUCUGGAGUAUGUUACUGAGGAAAAUGAUGGAGAUUGUGCUCAGGCUCGCGAGUGGUAGUCCUUUAUUUCAUGGUGUUCCGUACUUGGUGCCAUAUAGUUGACUAAAGCGUUCGUUACAUCGUUUUGUGCCUGUUUUGUCUUGGCGGAGUCCGACCCCAACUGAGAUCUCACC